AUGAGUGAAACAAGUAUUACGUCAGCCAGAGCAUCUGUGAUGAUUUAUGACGACAACAGCAAAAAAUGGGUUCCAAGUGGAACAUCGUCAGGCCUUAGUAAAGUACACAUUUUUAAACAUGUGAUCAAUAAUACAUUCCGUGUAGUUGGAAGAAAACUACAAGACCACGAGGUUGUUAUUAACUGUGUCAUUUUAAAGACUCUAAAAUAUAAUCAAGCAACAACAACAUUCCACCAAUGGAGGGAUAAUAAACAUGUAUAUGGUUUGAAUUUUAGUAGCAAAGAAGAUGCUGAUUCUUUUGCACGAGCUAUGGUGUAUGCUCUUGAGGUUCUAGAUUCUGUAUCGAGAAAUACUAUUAAUAAUCCUCAUAACCAUAUACCACCUCCAGCACCUCCUAUAUAUCAACAAGCAAAUGGACAGUAUGAUGAGGAUAUGGGAUACAGAGAUUGGUGUACAAAUAAUGUACCUAAUCAUUUCAGAAGCAUGACGAAAGAUGAUGCUGCAAUUAUCCAAGAGAGGAGAAUGUCUCAGCAAAAUCAAAUCAUUAGUACAACUAACGGUUUACCAACCAUUCCACCUGCACCUCCUCAGUUGCCUUCUUCAGGUCACCAUCGCACAUCGUCGGCUCCGCCAGCACCAGUUCCUCCCCCUCCUCCACCAGGCAUGUCUAGCCCAUUGCCACCUCAACCACCUCCAAUGCCUGGCAGUCUACCAAGACCUAGCAGUAACGGAGAAUCUGAUCACAGCGAAUCAGUUGCUGACCAGACAUCGUCUUUAGCUAUACAGUUACAGGCAGCUCGUUUAAAACGUACCAAUAAGCAUCCAGCUGAAAAUAGUGGCUCGUCUACGAGUAGUGCUAGCAGCGGUGGAAGUGGAAAUUAUGGGACCCUUGGUAGAAAUGCUAAUGGUGGCCAAACUGGUAUGGCAUCAAUGAUGGAUGAAAUGGCACGUACAUUAGCAAGACGUCGAGCUGCUGUUGAAAAGAAAGAACCAAUUGAUUGUCCUCAAGAUGAAAGUGUAUCACCUGGCGACAAAAAAAAUUGGAAUCGUAAUGAUAGUCAAAAAAGCUCAUUAAAUGGUUGUGAAAGUCCUAAACUUGGCCGAAAACAAUUGUCUGCCACUUCCACUGAAGACUUGAUAUCAACUAAGUCAUUUGGAGACAGUUGUAUAUCAAAUAUAUCAAAUAUAUCAUUAGAGUUACAGACAUUAAGACAAGAUAUACUACGUGAAAUACGCAAAGAAUUGAACCUAAUGAAAUUGGAUAUCAUUGAAAGCAUAAAAUCAGAAAUUAGCAAAAGAUAA